AUGCACGCAACCGCAACACCAUUUAAUAGCAGCUUAGCUGCAUCUUCUCUGCAGCCCCUGUCUUUAAGGCGUCUUUAUGCAGCAAUUUCUGCUCUCUCCUUUUCAUCUUCUGCUGCUUCUCUACAGCACCACCAACACCAUCUCCCUUCCAUUCACUUUGAGGGACAGCAACGCUCAUCUGGGGGCCCCCACCAAGGGGGCCCCCCCCAGAUGGGGCCCCACCCUGGGGGGCCCCCCCAGAGGGGCCCCCACCCUGGGGUCCCCCCCGUGAGGGACCCCAACCAUGGGGGCCCCCAGAAGAGGGUACUCCACCAAAGGAGCCCGUAUCGGGGGGGCCCCCAUCAGAGGGGCCCCCCUCAGAGGGGCCCCCAAACAGUGGGUGUAUGGGGGGGGUUGAAUGAGUUUGCUUCAUGGUGUCUGCUAGAGCAGAGAAGAUGCAUGCAGGAGCAUCCGCAUAUAAGAGAUGCGGUGCUGCUACCUCCGGAAUCUGAGAGGAAUUGGAGGCCCCUACCGCUCCAGGGGGCCCCUAAAUUUACACCUCGUUUAAAUAAUUUGCAGCAAAACUUCUUCGAGCUCGAUCCUGAUAACCCUAGGAUCCGGUUCGUUGUCUUCUCUUUGGAGCCGUUUGUUUUCGCGCGCGAAGCCGGGAGUGAUCUGCAGGUUGUGCACAUCACAGACGCCAUGAUAAUGAAGCGCCUCUUUGAGGGUUUAUUUUCGCUGGGCGUUGUUGUUGUAGCAACCUCCAACAGACCGCCUGAUGAUUUAUAUUUAGGGGGUUUAAAUAGAGAGAGAUUUAUUUCUUUUAUUCCUCUCUUAAAAACUUUCUGCAAUAUCCAUCACAUCGAAACUCAGAAAGAUUACAGACUAGCGAAAGGAGCGAAGAGCAGCGGGAGCCUAUUCUUCGUACCUUCACGAGCAAAAGAAAUUAUAUUUAAACAAAUUGAAGAAGCAGCAGGAGGCUCUUUAGAGAGCGGAAGCAUCCCUCUAGCUGCUAACAGAACCCUUCGCGUACCGGGCAUGCGUAAGGGUUAUGCAGUCUUUACUUUUGAUGAUUUGUGCGGAGACAAUGUUGGUGCUGUCGACUAUUUAUAUAUUUCUUCUGUUCUGCAUUCUUUAUCUAUUCGAAAUAUCCCUGACUUACAUCGAAUGGAAGAACACCCAAAUGAAAUACGAAGAUUUAUUAGUCUUAUUGAUGUGCUGUAUGAACGAAACGUGCGGGUGAUCUUUGAUGCUGAAGCCCCUCUCUUUCGUCUUUUAGGAAUUCCUUCAGCUGUUCAAUUAGUCGAAAACAUGCGAAAAAAAAUACAACAAAAAUUCUGCAGUCUGAAGGAAGCCCUUGAGCAAUUAAAACCGAGGAAGGAGUUUUUUCGCGAAGUGGAUGGGUGGCGGGGACAGCGUCUGUCUUGGGGCUUUCUCCUGAUUGAGGAUAUUGAUGUAGAGGAAGUGCAGCAGCAAAUGAAGAGAAUAAUAUAA